CGCUUAGCGGUCGCCCAACCUCAGAUCUCGUCAGCCUCUGGACCACCAGGUUCAUGUGGAGGCUCCCAGGCGCCCGCGCCGCGCUUCGUGGGGUCCGCACGGCGGUGGAGCGGCACAGUCGGGCCGAGGCGGCGACUGAGACCGCGGCAGGCGCGAUGGAGCGCGCUGUGGUGCGCUGUGUGCCCUCGGAGCCUAAGCUAAGUCUGUCGUUCGCGCUGGCCGACGGCAGCCACAAGAACAUGCAGCGCGACCAGAGCGAGCCGCUGGGUCGGGCCCUCAGCCGGAUCGCUACCAAUGCCCUCAAAGGCCACGCGAAGGCGGCCGCCGCCAAGAAGAGCAGGAAGAACCGGCCAAACGCAAGCGGCGGCGUGUCCUGUGCGGGGCCUGGGCCCGAGCCGGCUGCAGCCUGCGAACCCGUGGUGAAGCUGUACUACCGGGAGGAGGCAGUGGCUGAAGACGUGCUCAAUGUGGACGCCUGGCAGGACGGUGCGGUGCUGCAGAUCGGCGAUGUCAAGUACAAGGUGGAGCGCAACCCUCCCGCCUUCACCGAGCUGCAGUUGCCGCGCUACAUUAUGGCCGGCUUCCCGGUGUGCCCCAAGCUCGGCGUCGAAUUUGGGGAUCCCGCCGGCUCCCUCUUCCGCUGGUACAAGGAAACCAAACCCGGAGCGGCGGAACCUGAGGGCGGAGGCCCCUCAUCGUUGUCUCUCUCUUCGCCCUCUCCUGGUUGGACUGAGACGGAUGUGGACGAGCGCGUCUACACCCCGUCCAAUGCCGACAUCGGGCUACGGCUCAAACUUCAUUGCACCCCAGGCAAUGGGCAGCGCUUCGGGCCAAGCCGGGAGUUGGAAAGUGUGUGUCCAGUGGAGGCCGGGCCCGGCACCUGCACCUUUGACCACCGGCAUCUGUACACCAAGAAGGUGACGGACGACGCUCUCAUCCGCACUGUCUCCUACAACAUCCUGGCCGACACAUACGCCCAGACUGAGUUUUCGCGGACGGUCCUGUACCCGUACUGUGCCCCUUACGCCCUGGAACUCGACUACCGCCAGAACCUUAUCCAAAAGGAACUCACGGGCUACAACGCCGACCUCAUCUGUUUACAGGAAGUUGACCGGAACGUGUUUACAGACAGCUUGGUGCCGGCCCUGGAGGCCUUUGGGCUGGAGGGCGUGUUUCGAAUCAAGCAGCACGAAGGCCUGGCCACUUUCUACCGGAAGUCCAAGUUCAGCCUCCUUAGCCAGCAUGACAUUCCUUUCCAUGAAGCCCUGCAGUCUGACCCACUUCACAAAGAACUGCUGGAGAAACUGGCUUUGUACCCAUCAGCGCAGGAGAGGGUGCUCCAGCGGUCUUCUGUACUUCAGGUUUCUGUUCUUCAGUCUACAAAGGACUCUUCUAAAAAGAUAUGUGUUGCUAAUACCCAUCUCUACUGGCACCCCAAAGGUGGGUACAUUCGUCUCAUUCAAAUGGCAGUAGCCUUGGCUCACAUUAGACACGUCUCUUGUGAUCUGUAUCCCAGCAUACCAGUUAUAUUUUGUGGGGACUUUAAUAGUACCCCAUCAACAGGAAUGUAUCACUUUGUCAUCAGUGGCAAUAUUCCAGAGGAUCAUGAAGACUGGACUUCCAAUGGGGAAGAGGAACGAUGCAACAUGUCUCUUACCCAUUUCUUCAAACUGAAAAGUGCUUGUGGUGAACCUGCUUACACAAAUUACGUUGGUGGCUUUCAUGGAUGUCUGGAUUACAUUUUCAUUGACUUAAAUGCUUUAGAGGUUGAACAGGUGAUUCCAUUACCUACUCAUGAAGAAGUUACCACCCACCAGGCCUUACCUAGUGUUUCCCAUCCCUCUGAUCACUUAGCACUUGUAUGUGAUUUAAAAUGGAAAUAGAUUUGUGUCUGAUGGAAUUUAAAUCUGCUUUAGUAGGAAAUUUAAUAUGAAUCAAAGCUAUGUGUAACCUUCAAAGAGAAAAACUAGGCACUAAGGUAAAAUAUGACCAUACUAGUUAUGUUCUAGUGUCUUCAUUACAUGACUAUCAUAAUGGUUGCAUAAUAUAGUUUCUCUACCCUUUUUUUUCUACACUUGGAGGAAAAACAAAUAUAUUUAUGACCAGCAGGAAGAACAUUGGGUACAUUUUAUAAGUACUUUUUUUUUUUACUAGUAAUUAAGAAUUUUGUAAAAAAAAAAAUAACCAUUUGAAUGGUCCUGUAAUUUUUCUAUCAUAACACACAUUUCAAAUUAAAUCAUUUAUAUAUAAUUAGGGGGAAAGCACAUACAAGUUAAAGUGAGAGGCUUAACUUCUGACACAUGGAAGGAAUAACAUUAGGGUCUACCUCUACCUCAAUUUGGUUAGCAAUUUAAUACAACUUCAGAGCUUUAACAAAAAAUUAAAAUAUACCAUUACCAAUUCCUAUUGCUUCUCAUCUUUCAUUUUUCAGUUAUCGUAAGGUAUCUUCAUUCUCUUAUUUUUAGGAUUUUUAGUGUAUGGUACAAAUGGACAUAUUUAUAUUCCCAU